AUGGAUCGUCUUCCCGAUCCCGCGGUGCAGCACUCGACUGCCACCCCCAGUCCUUCAGCGCUACCAAGCUAUGCAGGGGUGCAUUGUGCCUUGAUGAGAUCUGAGUUACUGGAGCGGCUGCGGGUUUGCGCAGCUCUAGACAGAAGAUUCUUCAAGGCCUGGUUCGAUGAACUUGACAUUGAACGCUGCAGCAACUUCAGCAAUGUUGUAGGAGUGAGCAGUGACCUGUGCGUUCAAACAGAGUGGAACGAGGGCCUUCAUACUCACGACCGUUCAUGUCAGGAGGCCGACGAGGCUGCAUCUCACAGGAUUUCUUUUGAACUGCAAGAUCUUGAAGAAAGAGAAAGAAGACUGACCGAGCAUGCAAAGGCCAUAAAUCGUCAAUACGAAGACUUAAUGGCAGAAUUGACCGAACCGGCGCAUAACGGUGCUGUUCGUGUUUCUGGUUGCCCUGUCCCACCCGACCAUCAGGCGAGGGGAAUGCGACGUCUUCCCCGUAUUGCAAUGGUCAUUUCUGCAAAGGAAGAAGAGCAAAAAAGCCACUUGUAUCACCUACGGCAUUGGAACGUCAACAUCAGUGGUGUGAAUAUUCCGAGCCUUCCUGGUCUCCUUCUCGAGUUGCCUGCAGAUGAGGACGUGUGA